CUCAUCGAUUAAUUCAUUUCAACUCUUCGCGACUUCGUCCCUUCGCACUGCCCGUUCCCAUCUCCGACUCUACGUCCUACCGGAGCCAGUCAAACUUGCUCCCAUCUCCGACUCUAAGUUCUCCUCCGAGUCCCGACCUUCGUUGCAGACAAGCAGGCAACGCCUGAUCAUGACCGCAGCUCCGCCGGCCGCUCAUUAACCUUCGAGGCAACCGCCAACCUGCGAUUCUUCAACUUCCAACAAUCGGCGGCAGCCAGCAAAAGAAGAACACUUUGUUCUUCAAUUGCUCGAAGUGGCACUUCCUACACAUUGCUCUUCAAUUGAUUUUGGCACAGACUUCCAGUGGACCAGUUCAUUGUUGCCUCUGGUUCUCUGCGAAUCUGCGAUUGAAUCAUGGAGGACACUCAAGGAACAAUUGCAAUGAGAGAUUAUUGUGCUGAUGAACUCCCUUUGGAAUUGGGAUUGGAGGAAGAAGAAGAAGAUAAUGAUAAUGAUGAUGAUGGUGAUGGUGAGAAUAAUGGUGCGUCCGAAGAGGAAGAUGAACAAGAGUACGGAUUCAGAUUCCAAGGAGAGAUGAACCCUCUAGCAUUUGUAGAAGAACACGAUGCUGCUGGACUCCAGCCUUAUGAGCGUUUUGAACAAGUACAGUACCACUACGAGGCCUUGGCUGCUAAGAAGCACAAUACUCCUGCCUCCCCUCAUUACUACUCCCGUGAAACACCGGCGAAGAGGUUAAGGCAGGAGGAGAUUCAUGGAGCAAGUUUUGAGGAAAUCAUGGAGGCCAUGAAUUAUGGAAUGAGGAGAAAGUCGAAGAAGACCAAGAAAAAGGGAAGGAGAAAAGGAUCAAAGAAAAAAAUUAACUCAGAAUUAACUCGAAAACUUGGUGAUGCCACUCUUCAUUAUGCACACGGCCGCUAUGAGGAGGCUAUCAGUGAUUUGAAUGAAGUAAUUCUUCUUGCCCCUAAUUUAUCUGAUCCAUACCAUACACUUGGUCUUAUUUACAAUGAAAUGGGUGAUAAGAAGAGAGCUUUGAAUUUCUAUAUGAUUGCUGCACAUCUGACCCCAAAGGAUGCAUCUCUCUGGAAACUCCUUGUUACCUGGUCAAUAGAGCUAGAUAAUAAACGACAGGCAGAUUAUUGUUUGAGUAAAGCAAUAACAGCAGAUCCAGAAGAUAUUAAUCUUCAGUUUCACCGUGCUUCAAUCUAUGUUGAGCUUGGAGAAUAUCACAAAGCUGCUGAAUCAUAUGAGCAAAUCUCACGCUUGUGUCCAGAUAACAUCGAAGUACUUAAGACUGCCACACAGGUCCAUCUCCCUCCCUUUCUGGUACCUCCAUCCCCAUUCCCCAAAAGAAGUUAUCUUUUACCAUUCUUUGAGUGCAUAUUUGUUAUUAUUGUACAUGCCCUUACAUACUCUACAUUAAUAUAUAGUUGAUUGGUGUUGGUGAUU